GCGCAGUUGAACUUGAACGCAGGCGUGCGGCGUUUGUACCGAAUUCUCUCCCGAGUUUGCUCCCAUCGAAUAUCGAACUCCGGCGGUCCCCGUGCUAGUGGACGGCGUAAAAAAGAGUUGUUAUUUCGGGCGGUGGUUUGGUUACGCGAUUUACCAGGAUCGUGCCCUCAUCUCACGUUUCGUCUACGCCUAAAGCGACACCGUCCCUCCGCAGCGGCAGCAGCACCACCAGCAGCAGGAGCACCGGCUUGGGAGAUGGAGUGCGGCGUAACGGGGCCCGCAUUCGCCAACGGCACCGCCGCCGCCGGCGCGGUGGGCGGCAUGCGAUCGGAGCGCUCGCCCGCCAAGACGGGCCUGCACGUCAACUUCAAGGAGAAGGGCGAGAUCAAGGAGCGCCGCGAAAAGUUCCUGACGGCCAAAUACGGGCACCACCAGAUGAGCCUCAUCAGGAAGCGGCUGGCCGUCGAGAUGUGGCUCUACGAGGAGCUGAAGAAGUUGUACGAGACCAAAAACGCCAAACAAGUAGAAGCUGUAAAUAAUGAUGAAGUCGAAGUCGACAUAGACGAGCUACUAGAUAUGGAAAGCGACGACGAACGGCGGAGGCAUUUACAGAAUUUACUCAUAAGCGCGAAGGGUUCCCAAAGUGAUAUAAAAAAAUUCAUUAACGAAUUGCUAGAUAAGGCGAAGACUCUUUAAAUUAAAUCAAGUGCCAAAAAAUGAAGUGGAUGAGACGCGGAUUAGCCUAAAAAAUCGCACUUAUUUUUCGUUAGUUUGUUUACAUCGAUGUUAAUCGGAUAGGUAUCGCUCCCAUUUGUCGAGAACAACGUUUUUUAAGCUAGAACCAGCCAGAUUAGAGGAUCAGAUAAGAUUUGAAUGUACAUUAUCUAAAUUACAGAGUAUACAGAAAGCUUUUAAGUGCACAAUAUGUAUGUUAUUUUUUUGUUUGUUUGUUUCAUGUCGUAAUGCCAGUAUUAGAAGAAAAAUAAUGUAUUUUCGAAUUUUUGUUAGUGUUGUAAAACUUUGGCCAGUUUGUGCCGAUGUUAGAUUUACGUUUUCUAUAUUUUUUUUUAGAAUUUUUAGUAGUACUUUAUUUAUAUUAUUGAAGAAAAAAAAGUGGUUGCAACUAGUCCCUAAUUGAAUUCAGAAUGUAUAAUAGUUAGGAAUCAUAUCAUGACUGCCUUUUUUUUUAAAUGAUCGUAUUGUUGUAAUUGUGAACAAAUUACAAAUUAUAUAUUUUAACAAGCACGAUGAAAUAUGUUUCAAAAUAGAAGACGUAGUUAGAGAUUUUUUUUAUUUCUAAUUCGUCACCACGCAAUAUAUUCGAUAGAAACAUUAAAAUAGUUGUAAUUUGUUCUUCAACCAUUAUAUGCAUUCGUUAAAUCCUUGUUGCUUCGAUGUCGAGUACCUUUUAACAUAGUACUGUAAAUAUUUUAUUGUUGAAUUUGUCAUAUCAAUGCUCAAAAAUUUGUUAUUAUCGUAAAUGUGAGCUUCCUUCGUAUAGUUUGCAUGUUUCAAGCUUCACUUCUAAAUUUUAAUCGAAACGUGUAAUCAAUUUUGAAAUGAACGUUCCUUCUGGAAUAGAGUCUCAAUCGAAUAUUUGGGGAGAACAAAUUUGUGAUUAGAAAUUCUCACUUCAUUUUAAUGUAAUUCGAGAUUUAUUUUUUCAUUUGUGAUCUCAUUUGUACCCUCAUGUAAUGUAAUAGCUUUGUAAGCGGCAACGAUUAAAUUGUAACUACAGGGUGUCUCAUAAGAAUUGUACUGCAGUGAUGAGACACCCUGUGUUAUGUAAGUAUUGCAUUGUAAUUCUGAGUAUCGUCAUUACAUACAAUAUUUAAUUGGAACUAAUCAUCUGAAGAAAAGAAUGGAAAUGACGAUGCACAAUGAAUAAAAAUCACUUAUUUAGUGACGAAAUUGUAUAAGACUUUUUCAAAUAAAAUAGAAGUGAUACAA